AUGCAGCAUCUCUUACUUGGCUAUCUUUUCCUGGUGGCUCUAGCUGUCGCAUCGCCGGUCGCGAAACGACAGACCCAGGUCACACCAGCCCAACUAGACAAGUUCCGCUUGUUUGCCCAGUGGGCGGCAGGAGCAAGCUGCAACAGCGAGAGGUUACCAGGCGAGCGCGUCACUUGCGCUCGGGACUUGUGCCCGAUCCCUCAGUCUCACAAUGCCACCAUUGUUGCAGCUUUCAACGGGCCCUCGUUUGACGCGAGAGGAUUCGUCGCCGUCGACCCGGUCGACCGCCUGAUCGUUGCUGCCUUCAGGGGCUCCGAGUCAGUUAGAAACUGGAUCGCAAACCUCCUCUUCAUCCAGGUACCCUGUGACGACCUGGCGCCGGGCUGCCUGGUGCACGCCGGGUUUUCCGCGUCGUGGGGCGAGGUGUCGGACGUGGUCCUGCCCGCCGUGGACGCAGCGAAGGCCGCCCACCCGGACUACGGGGUCGUCAUGACGGGCUACUCGCUCGGGGGCGCCGUGGCCACGCUUGCGACUGCCCGCCUCCGUCUCCGCCGCGCCGCCGCCCUCGCCGCCGUCGACUUGUACACGUACGGCUCGCCGCGCGUGGGCAACCUGGAGCUUGCCAAGCUGGUCACGGUCAUGACCGCCGACCGCGGCGCCGCGUACCGCAUCACGCACGCCUCGGAUCCCGUCCCCCGCCUGCCGCCCAUCGCCUUCAACUACCGUCACCUGAGCCCCGAGUACUGGGUGCUUGCUCAGGGCAAUGAUACCGCUGUCGUCACCCCGGACGAGGUGCGCAUCUGCCCGGGCUACGCAAACACGAGCUGCAACGGCGGCACCCACGGCCUGGACGCGGACGACCACCUGUGGUACUUUGGCUCGAUGGGUAGCUGCUUGAAUAACGGAACUACCCUGCCGUGGAAAAGAGAAGCGACGGCGAGCAUGGGCGCCGACGAGACCGAGACCGGAACCGAGAUUAGCGACGCGGAGCUCGAGGCGCGGUUGAAUGAGUGGGUAGAUAUGGAUAGACAGUUUGCCGAGACAUUGGAGGAUGAGUGA